CUCAUUUACAAUUUGACAUUUCUUUUUAUCAUUACCUUUAGGUUUUUGUUUUUAAGGCCAAGGUAUCGAGUUUCUUAAAAUUAAAAUAUGUUAACUUCGAUUUUAUCUCUUGUUGGGGUGGGAUUCCUGUGGGGUGCCACAAAUCCAUUCAUUCGCAUUGGCUCCAAAGGCAUUCAAAACAUCAAUACCGGUUCUAGGAUUCAAAACUUUAUUCAAGAAGUCCGAUUAAUUGGAUCACGUCUAGGCUAUUGGAUACCUUUCCUAUUAAAUCAACUUGGAAGUGUUCUCUACGUUUACACGCUCCAAAGCGCAAGCAUUUCCGUCGCUGUGCCAAUUGCAAAUUCCCUUAGUUUCGCUUUCACAGCUGUUGUUGGUUAUUUGCUGGGAGAGAAGAUCCCAGGAAAAAAUGUCAUAAUUGGAACUGUUUUAGUUACCUUAGGAACUUCUAUGAUCAUUUAUGAUAAAUUAAAGGAACAAAGUAUGAAAGUCGAUAUAUAUUCCCGUUGAAGAGUAACAAAUAAUAUUUUCCUUUAUUCCAAUAAAUACAAAACAAUAAACUUAAAAA